AUGCAAAUUAAACACCUUACUUUCUUCGCCAUCGUCCUCGGGACAGCACUGGCGAUUCCAGCGCCGUUCCCAGAGGAAGAUCCAGACCGUCGGAUUGUUAACGGAACGGACGCAUCCAUCCUGGACUACCCGUUUAUGAUCUCGCUGCGAGGCAGCACUGGCGGUCAUUCGUGCGGUGGUAGCAUUCUCUCCGAACUGUGGGUGUUGACGGCGGCUCAUUGUGUCAGUUCGACCACACCGUACCUGCAGACGAUUCAGGUCGGCCGUACCAACAUCUCACGUGAUGCCGAUGAGUCGGUGUACGGAAUUGCGCAGGUCGUCUCCCAUCCAAACUACGAUUCGCGCAACAGCCACCUGAAUGACAUUGCGCUGCUGAAGUUGCAACGUCCGUUGGAAUUCAGCGAGUACGUCCAGCCAGUAAAGUUGCCAGAGAGCCUGUUCGAGGUGGAGGACGAUCUGGAUGAUCUUGGGGUGACGUUGAUCGGGUGGGGUCUUUUGGAAACCGGAGGAUCUUCACCGUCGACGCUUCAGCGCGUUGACUACUACGUGGUUCCGAACGAGCAGUGCAAUGAGUACCACACCAGCACGAUCUAUCCGUCGCAUAUUUGCGCAGCUUUCCCCGAUGGUGGCAAGGGACAGUGCAGCGGUGAUUCCGGAGGUCCGUUGCUUCACCACGACGUCCAGGUGGGCAUUGUGUCCUGGAGCAUUAAACCCUGCGGUGUCGCACCGUAUCCUGGCGUCCUGACGAAGGUUUCCCAUCACAUCGAUUUCAUUCGAAAGCAUGUGCCAGAGAAUUAA